UCUUCGACAGGACUCGGAUCGAACAAUGUUUCCGGCGUUAAUGAAACUGCUGCCCGUUCCGUGCUAUUCCUCCUCGCCGGAGCAAAGCGCGAUCGCGGUGUGAACACGAAGCGGUGUGGUUGUUUAAGAGAGGGCCGCAAAGGGAAGCGUUUAGCGCAAGAAGGGGUUUCCGAGGCCGGCGUUUUGGAGCCGCCCGCUUAUAUGAGUCAACCCCGGGCGUGACCCCAUCCGAUCUCCAGGCCAAAAGAGCCUAUGCCGCCGCACCGCCGGCUGGUUCUUAAUUCAUGCCAUGGCGCGUUGUGGGGGGGACUCGGUCUCCAGGGGCUCCGGAGGUCCCCGGGAAGAAUCGGGAAGAAAAGGCGGCGAGAGGGGUUCCGUGGAAAGGCGGAGGCUGAAAGAGUUGGUGGCGGAGCAACUGAGACGCGAUAUGGAAAGACUACUUAAAGAAGAAAUCCAAAGCGACAUCACUUUCUAUGUUGGGAAUAUGCUUUUCAAAGCUCACAAGGCAGUACUUUUAGCAAGAGUUCCAAAUUUCUUUCUGCAUGUUGUUGGAAGACAUUUAAAUACUUGUAACAACUGUGAAGCUUUAAAACUGCAAUAUUUGGAACCUUCUGAAUUUAAAACUUUCCUGCAGGCUGCAUAUUCAUUGGACAGAACCAUUACAGAGGAAGAACAAGAGAUUCUAAAUAAAAAAGUUUCAACGCCUGAAUUAGCGAAAGAAAACGAAGAGUUAAAAGUUGGUGGUUUACACAACAAUCAAAUAUGUAGAGAGCAGAGGCUGGGAAACCAUGAAAGGACAUCUGACCAUCACUGGAUAUUCUGCAAGACAGCUGUAGAAAAAGAAGGUGCUGCGUCUUCUGUCUCUACUAGUGACAUGCCGACAGAAGCUAUUGAUGCUGAGGGUGAGGUAACCGUGUCAGAAAUUGCAUCUGGCUUAGGAAAAGACCUGUUGAUGCUCUACCAGAAUUCUUGGUUUUCAGAUAUUAAUAUUUGGAUUGAUGGAAAACCCUUUGAAGUGCACAGGGCUAUUCUUUGUGCUAGAUCCAGUUACUUUUCUGCUAUGCUGAAUGGGAGCUGGGCAGAAAGCUCUCAAGAACACAUCACUCUUCAAGGCAUAAGUCAUGCAGAAAUGACUGUCAUUUUACAUUUUAUCUAUGGAGCAGUUCUGGAGUUCCCUAAAAAUGUAAAUCCUGGAUGUAUACUAAGCAUUGCAGAUAUGUAUGGAUUAGACGGUUUAAGAGAAAUAGCUAUAUACAUUCUGAAAAGAGACUACUGCAACUUCUUUCAAAAGCCUGUGCCCGGGAAGCAUCAACCUGUUUUAGAGUGUCUGGCUAUAGCCCAUUCAACAAGAGCAGAGCACCUUUAUGAUUUAUGCAUGAAGUGGCUGAUACAAAAUUUUGCAAGGUCUUGGUCAGAAAAGAACUUUGCUAAUUUAUCUUCUGAGCUUCAAAAUAAUUGCCUUACUACAUUGAUUGAUUCUUUGAGCCCACAGAAUGCAGCCCGUCUUUUGAUGGAAACCAACAGGCUACUUAAUAGUCUUCCCCAAGUGAAAUGGACUGAAACAGUUCGAACAUUGGCAUUUAGACUGCAGGAAGAGUGUAUGGCAUUUAUGGUGACCAAUUUUCCAGAAAUAAUACAGAGUGAAAGUUUUUUUGCUCUCUUACAGGCUCAAGCCAUGAGCAGCAAACCUGAUCUUCUUGAUCAAGUGCUUGAAGCAGUCAAAAAAGAGGUUACUACUGAAAAUAGCUGUUGCCUUCUUAUAGCAGUGGACGCUUUGCUAAGUUCUUCAAAUGUGAAUGAGAUGGGGUUUCUGUGCAGGAUCCAGGCUCUGCGUGAUAAACUGUGGAUCUUUCUGCUCCAGUCAUUUUUUGCCGUUCGACAUACAGAGGGCUGGAAACUGCUUAAGGCAGCUGAUCAAGAGCGAAUACAAGCAGCUGCUGUUGACAAAGGAGAUGACAGAAGACCUACCAAAAAGCCCAUAUUCAGUAGUUCUCAGGCUAACUGGAACUGCUGGAAUCUGUAAUUCAACAGCAUCCAGAAGACUUCAUGUUCUUCCUUUUGAACAUAGGAGACAAAAGAAGAAAAAUACGUUUCAACAUUGAAAACAGACUCCAGAUUUAAAUAAGAAUUCUUGAUAUGGAUUUACUUUCCGUUUAUGAACCAGUUCUCUACUGAGAACUCUAAUGGAAAGACUGAUUAGUUGUGUUCUUGUAGUCAAAAUUUAUUUUAAAAUUGGGCUGAAUGAAUUUUUAUAUGUUAUAAUAUAUAGUAUUAUAUAUUAUCGAUUUUUGCAGAAAAAAUUCAUUGCAUGUUAAAGCAAUACAGAAUUUUUCAAAAAAAUAAGAAUAUACUGUGAUUAUGAUUCCUACUGAAAUGUCUAAAUUAAUUUUUUUUAUGGCAAGUAACAGUGAUCCUCCCAGACUUUUGAUCAUUU